AUGGGUCCCCGGGCAAUCAUAACCUCAACGAUCUUCAGCUCUGCGCCGAGUAGAGGCCUUGACGAAGCACGCAGCGCCCGUCGCCCUCCAAAGCGGGUGCCGACCAAAGAGCUCUUGGCAUCCAACCGGGACCUGCUUGGCUGGAUCAACAACAAGAUCAGGGCCCGCAAGUCGGCCACCGCCUCGGACUUCUUGGGCUCCAUCCGCAACGGCCACGUGCUUGUUCGGCUCAUCGAGGCCCUCACUAUGGCCGACUCCGGCCUCUCCAUCAGGGACUUCCUUGGCGCCUUCCAUCUCACUCAGCUCAACCUCCAUUGCCCUGCUGGCCCGGAUACGCCAGGUGCCUCCGAUAGCAAGCAAGGCUUGUUGAACUUCUUCUUCAGCCACAAACCUGCCAACCAAUGA